AUCCUCUCAAUGAGACCUCUCAAUGAAAGCACCAAUGAUGAAGAUCGUGUGCCUCGACUGUCGACAAGCCGCUCCCGCGCCUUAAAUCGCUCGAUAGAUGUUAGGAAGUCGCACACUCACAGCCUUUCUAACAGAUAUAAUUGCAAUAGAAUUUUGGUGAAAAAACUAAAGCAAAGAGAGAAUGAACAAAAGUUCUUGAAUUGUCUUGAUCUUGUUUGGCUUGCACUCCAAACAAUUCCAUCCUCACGCCUCAUAAUACUUCGGCCCGUAUCGUACGCCUUCCAUCCGUGCGCGCCGACCUUCGGCUUCCUAUUCCUUCUCGCGCGCGGUAUCGCGCGCGCUUGGGCCCCACGUACGUCAACGCCAACCGCCUCAGCCUCGCCUAGUCCCGCACGGACUAGGCUUCGCGCAUCUGCCCCCCACGCGCGCGCCAUCUUGCGCGCUAUUCUUUCGCUGCCGCCCUUGUGCGCGUAUGCGCCCAGCACGCCUAUGCCUUCGCGGUGUAGGACUCUCGCGUUUGCGCUACACCCGCGCGCUUUCUUGCGCGCCCAGUUCCAAUUGAUCCUCUCGCGCGCGUGCCGUCGAGCGCCCGUCUUUCCGAGGACUCUGCCCGCGUGUACGCCCAACGCCCGCGCAUCACCACCCGAUGCGCGUCUCUCGCCCAUUCGCCCAUCGGCCACGCCUGUCCAACCCUCGUGUUCUCCGGGCUCAAUCACCACUUCCGCAUCAUUCCCGCCCCCUUUAAGCACAUCCUUUCGUCAUCGGGAAAGUCGCCAUCGAGUCUCCUCUGUUGGCGUGUGCCUACUGCCGCCGUCUCCCGUACUUCUGUUGACCUGGGUUCGUGCGUAUCCGUCUGCAAACACCUUAACAAUGCUCGUAUCUGACAGCAAGCUGCCUACGAGUAUGUCGGCAUUUGCACAGUACCAUGUAUCCCAUCAACUACGGGUUCGCAGG